UUGCCCGCUAGAUUACGUUAAAGUGUAUGAUGGUCCCGACAAUUCGACCGCCGUUAUAGGCACGUACUGCGGCCAGCAACGAAAUUUAGUGUUAUAUUCCUCAGAGAACAGUUUAUUCGUGCUAUUUUCCACAUUGAAACGCACGGCUAAUACGCAAAAUCGAGGAUUUAAAGGAAUUUUUGAGUUCUCAGAAAGUUUUGUCAGCCUGGAUUUCAUAACAGAAUAUCAAGGCGAACAUAUCCGUGGAUCUGAAUGUGACCAAAAAAUCCUUAGUAAGAAGGAAACAUCAGGAUUCGUAGUUAGUCCAAAUUUUCCAUAUCCUUACUUACCUAAGGUCGUCUGUCGUUAUUUCAUUUAUGGCAUGCAAGACUCGCAACAUCUAGAACGCGUGCGGUUGGAAUUUCAAGUAUUUACAAUACAGACACCCAAGGGAGAGACAUGUACCGACGGCUAUCUAAAAUUAUACUUAAAAGGUCAAGAAGCAACGGAUUCUUAUGACAAAUUUGAUUAUGAGAUGUGUGGUAAUAAUAGCAAUCCGAGUCAUGUAGUCAGCGACGGGCCUCGGCUCGUGAUGGUGUUCAGUAGCGGAGAAUUACAGGCACAGGGCUUUAAAGCUAAAUACAUUUUUGAAACGGAAUAUAAAAUACCGGGCACCGCAGCACCCGAUGGCAGUUGCACUUUUACUUACCGAAGUUCUUCUCGUAAACGUGGCGAAUUUAAUUCACCACGAUAUCCUAGCAAUUAUCCGAGCGACACGAAUUGCACAUAUUUCUUUUUAGCGACGCCAAAUGAACAGGUUGCUUUGAUUUUCGAUCACUUUAAAGUUCGUGCAAAAAAUAAUGUAACAGUCGGACGUUAUGGAUAUGAGCUCUGCCAAGAAGAUUGGCUGGAGAUUUACAAUAUGUAUCGGGAUGAUACAGAGAAAUUAAUAGGAAGGUAUUGCGGCCAGACUGCACCGGGCCCAGUAGAAUCAAAUCUCGGUGCUCUUGGCUUAAAAGUGAUCUUACAUUCCGAUUCUGAGCUUGUCUACAGUGGCUUCAAAGCGCGUUACACUUUUGAGAUCGCUAAACCUAUUUUUGGAGAUUGUGGAUCAAAUAUUAGUAGUCUAAAUUACGGUAUAAUAACUAGUCCAAAUUAUCCAAAAAACUACAAUGGGUCGGCAAAAAACUUAGCUAGUAAAAGUUGCAACUGGUUUAUAAGAGUGCGACCGAAUCAGCGAAUACUCUUGAACUUUGAGGUCUUCUCCAUAGAAGGUGAUCCAGAAGCACGAGGGUGUCCCGCAGCCGUAUUACGCAUGUGGUAUUCUUCUAUUCCUCGCGAACUUUGUGGUGUUAAAGAUCCUAAAACUAAAUGGGAUUAUCUUUCGGAAGAUAAUAAUAUGCGACUCAGUUUUAUUUCAGCUGAUAAAGCUGUAGGGCAAAAAGGCUUUCGAGCUGUGUGGACAGAAGUGAGUGCGAAUACAGAUUGCGAGAACCAGUUUUUAUGCAGUAAAAAUAAAUACUGCAUCAAUGAGUCACUACGAUGCAAUAACAUUAAUAAUUGUGGACCUGAUGAUUUAUCGGACGAGGAAAACUCAGGCAGCUACACGAUGCCGAUAGUCUAUGUGAUAGGCAGUAUCAUAGUGAUCAUGAUACUCUGUCUGAUCUGUCAUCGUAGAUUACGCCAAAGAUCGUGUAAUAUAUCAAUCAAUGACCUUCCACCGCAGCAAAUAGUUGAUGAUCAGCGUCAUUGCUACCAACAUCAUGAUUUGCUACAUUAUCAGCAUCAAAAUCACGCAUCAACACACAGUUUUAACCAAUAUCAAUUAGAACAGCCAAGUCCACCGAAUGAAAGUGACGAAGGCGAGACAGAAGAGCCUGAAGCAGGUUGCGACCAAGAAUCCAGCAGUCCUGACAGUGUGUGA